CUGGCACCCCCAAGCCCGGAUUGAGGAGAGAGGCGUGACAGAGCGAGAGGGGAGAAGACAGGAUAGCGCUGACAGAGAUAAAAUUAUCAACUCUUCUUUUUCUUUUUUUUUUUAAAGUGCUCAGGUGCGCUCAUCUGCACCAACUGGGGUUUUUUUUCUUUUUCUAUCAUUAGUUUCUUUAAUCUGUCAAGUGUGAGGAGAAGAAAGACGAAGUGUGUUUCUAUCGUUUGGAUUCUGGACUUCUUUGCUGACUUCUUAUUUUUUUAUUUUUAUUUAUUUAUUUUUUUUGCAUCGAGCAUGGAUGUGUUGGCGAAUUACAGUAUUUUCCAGGAACUCCAACUCGUCCAUGACACUGGUUAUUUCUCUGCGAUGCCUUCCCUGGAGGAGAACUGGCAGCAGACGUGUCUAGAGCUGGAGCGGUAUCUACAAACUGAGCCCAAGCGACUCUCAGAGCUCUUUGAUGAGGAGCUGGACUGCCUCUUAACACCGGCCUUUAUGCAGGGAGGUGACAGUGAUGAAGACCUGAUGGACCCUCUCCUUCCCAGCCUCCCUGACCAGCCCAGUCCACCCUCACUACUGGUGACCCUCCCCAAGGUCCAGGCCAAAAUCCUGCAUGUUCCCAAUCCCAACAAGAACCAAACAGCAGCUGGGGCUGAAGCCCUCACAGCCAAGGAGCAGGGCCUCGGAGGAGUCAGUGCCGCACAGCUCAGUGCUGCUGUCACUUCCCUAACACCACCAUCAUCACCGGAGCUUGGCCGACACCUUAUUAAACCCACACAAACGCUCACCGCAACAGCAGACGGUACAUUAACGCUCAAACUGGUGGCAAAGAAGGUGGGAUUAGGGGCAGCUAAGCUGGUGGCAGCACGAGCGUUACCAUCCCCACCAAGCCGAGGAGGAGCACUCAGUGACAGCGAGCAGGGUGGAGUAGGAAGUCUGGCAGGAGAUGUACCAGAGAACAAGAAGAGAGUGCACCGGUGCCAGUUCAAUGGCUGCAGGAAGGUUUACACCAAGAGCUCCCAUCUGAAGGCACAUCAGAGGACCCACACAGGUGAAAAGCCCUAUAAGUGCUCAUGGGAGGGCUGCGAAUGGCGCUUUGCCCGCAGUGACGAGCUGACACGACACUACCGCAAACACACCGGAGCGAAGCCAUUCAAGUGCAACCACUGCGACAGGUGUUUCUCUAGGUCAGACCACCUGGCCUUGCACAUGAAGAGGCACAUCUGAAGGACAAAAACGAAAAGGAGCAGGAGAGUAGGAGCAUGAAGAGGAGGAAUAGGAGGAGGAGGAGGAGGAGGAGAAAGAAGAGGAGAGAUAGGAGGACAGAAGGAUGGGCAGUCAAGCUAUCGACUGCCCUCCUCAUGCCCCACCCCCACCCGUCCAAACACCAGUAGGCUCAGAUAGCCAUCGGGAAAAGGGGGCAGGAGGAAAACGAGGAGUAGCUAGAUUGUUGCUUUUCUUUGAAAUUACACACUCACGUUCGCAAUAGUCAACACUUCACAUGCCCGUCUUUGAAUGCAUCAUCCCGGUGAACCCCAGCUACUCUCAUGCAGCUCUGGGGGCUUGGACACUGCCAAACCAACAUAUACUCGCUUGACAAAACAUUAUGCCGCCUUUUUUUUUUUUUUUUUUAGUUUCUCUGUAGUCAGUGUGUUAAAAUAAUCGAGUCACUUUGGAUGAGCAGAAACUUUUAAAUGUCCAUAUAUUCAGCUGUUAGUGCUUUACCGGCUUUUGAAAUCAAAUACUCAACUUUUUUUUUUUCUUAUCAAUGUUUCUCAUACACGGAACACAAGAAACCAUCACCUGCCGCAGUCAGCUUCAGUACUCAUUGUGAAGAAAACAACAAUGCCAACUCUGCAGGAGAGAGACUGUACGGAUUGACUCCUAGCAUGGCUGACAAUCGAGCCCGGUGCCCGGGACACCGGGUGCGCCCGUGGGACCUCGGUCAGCGGGUGCCGCUGCAGCUCUCAGGCUCUCCUCCAGUGGGUGUUUGCGUCUCUCACCUUCACUGAGAUCCCUGCCGCCUCCGCAGGCCAUCUGACAGAAAUGCGCAGCGACACUUUCUUCCCUUUUUUCUACUUAGAGGACAAUAAUUCUUCUUCUUCUUAUUGUUAUUAAAAAGAAUGACACUUUGUUCUUUUCUCUCUGGGAGAAAAUGUCUUAAAACUCACAGCAACGUGUUUGAGAAGAAAAAAAAACUAAACAAAAAACUAAAAAUCUAAGAUGACUGAACAGAAUGUGUGGGAUGAGAAGGAGAGCGUUGUUGGUCUUAUAAUCCCCAUGUGCACCGACUCUGCAUCUACAGUCUGCAAGCAACCAGUGGAUGAACAAACAACAGAAUCACACCAACUCUCAGAAAAGGGAUUUGUGGGUUUUUUUGGACUAAAAUAAAAGCAGAAAGCAGAGAGGUCUUCAUUUGUGUGCUGCUCUUUCUGCCCUGUGACUCCCUGCAGCUGAAAAACAAAACCUUGUUAUGACCUCCCGUGGUCUCAUAUUCUACCAGUCAGGCAGAGGAUUGCUAAAAACUGGAAAUAUGUUUCUUGGUUGUUGUUUUCUUUUUUCUCUUUUUUUUUUUAUCAUUCUGAUUCCGAAAGUCAUCCUCGAGCGCUUUCACAGACUCUGAGAUCUCAUCUCCCUGGCAGCACUGCAGGGCAAGAAUGGAAGCUCAAGAGCUGCUUUUUGGUUAUUCACGUGGAACUAAAGAUGCCGGCCGACCUUUGCGUGGUGGCUCUGAAUAGACACGGUCACAUCGACCCGUCAAAUUUGCCUGUUUCAUAUCCACUGACUGCACUGACUUUUUUUCAAUGUUAUCUGUGCUCUCGUUUUCUUUUUCUACGGCGAAAAAUAAGGAUAAAAGAAACACAAAGAAAAAAAAAUCAUAAAAGACUUGAAAAAAUACAACACAAAAACAAUUCUGUCUCACUCUACACGCUGCAUACAGAACAAGCACACAUGCUCCGUCAACACACACACACACACACACACGCACACAGACACGCACACACUUUCACUGCAGUUCUUACGCUCACGGCUCCUCUUGAGAUAAGACUAAUAAGAUUUAGGAAAAUAAUUAUUAAACUAAUGAACAGAGUUGGAAAACAACACACUGCAUGGCAGGCUUUAUUGCAGACACACACACACACACACACCAGCUCAUGAACACAUGCACGCACACUCUUCCUGGAAUUAUAUGUUCUGCUCCCAAAUCUUUUUUCACAGUAGGAAUUUAGCAACUGUUGUUUAGCAGAAGAGUAUCUUAGCUCUCGGCUGGAGGUAACAAAUGAUUCCAAAUCCUUUGAAGUGAGAAAUCAGCUUGUUCUCAGUUCCAACAAUCACCCACAUAUCCCUCACUACAGCUUGUGCCUCUCAUUUAA